AUGUCUCAAUUAUCAAGUAAAUAUAGUAAUCUUCCUGACAUUGAGACCCAACCAGACGUUUAUGAAUCUCCAGAUACACCUGAAGAAAAUUUCCCUGAUACUCAAGAACUUGAUGAAGAAUUGGAAAAGAUAAGUUUGCAAAAAGAUCUUAGUCGACUAUCUCAAAAUAUAAGUGAACCAGAUUCUAUAGACAAAAAGGAAGGAACAAUAAUAAAACAAGCCGAAAUGAAUGAAAAAUUAAUGGUUAUGAAUGAGUUAUAUUAUAUACCUGAAACUGCAAAAAUUCACAUUUUAGCCAAGACAGUUGAACUUGAUGGAUGUAUUUCUGCUUUAGAAAAACUUUCAAUUUCUAUAACAAAUAUCAAUUUAAUUGCUGCCAUUGAUAAACUUGAUCAACAUAUGCAAAUAUUGAUACAAUCAUGUCAUUUAGGAUCUAUUUCCAGGAAAGCUAAUAAAGCUAAUGCUUUGGCUGUUUUUGGUGAAACAAUUAAAAUGUUAACCAGUGAACAAAAUAAGCUUGAAAAAUCAUUUGAAAUAAAUGAUAUGGCAAUUCAACAAAACAUUGAAGUUGUUGAUUCACAUGUCACAGACUUGGCUGAAUGCAAAGGUAUUUUUACUAGUGUUAUGACCAUGGAUAGAUUAUGUAUGAUGCAAUAUGACAUAGAGGGAUGA